CUUCAUCAUCCAUCAUCUCCCAGUGCAGUGGCAGUGGCACCCACCUUACCACUCAACCUACCACAACCCCUCCCCACUCCCCACAACCCUCUCCCACAAUCCUCUCCCUCCCAGUCCUCCCUCCACCAUCCCUCCUCCCUCCCUCCAGACCCCUGCUCCUUCUAUUCUUUCUGUUUGUUCUUUUGCUCCCCCUCCCCCUCCACAUAUUCCCCCAACUCAAUAGCCUUCUGCCACUUUUCCCCUCUUCUUUACUUUCCCCCCCAUACAAACACAUACAAACACAUACAAACACACACUUACCAACCGCUUUACGCUUUCACUACUACCUCGAAAAUAUCCUCUACUCCCACACACCCAUUAUAUGUUUUCAUUACCCAACUCUUUACACACAGCAACACUUCUGCCUCCACACGUUGCUGUUUCGUUACUCGAUCCCAGCCCCCCUACUACGCUACACUUAUCAAAUCUCAUCAUCGCUACUACCAUUGCCGCUGCUACGACCACCACCGCUGCCACUACCGCUUAUCCCCCCAUAUCCGCGUCUAGAUCAGGUACUCUGCACCUUGCCUGCAAACCCUUGGAAUACUCCCUGUAGUAGACGCGCUCGAACAACCUACCACACACCGCCACUACUAUCACUCUACUCUUACCUUCUACCUCCCACGUAGACUCGCCGUCACCCGCUUGGCUAUCGCAGCUUUGUCGUCUACCCCUCCAGACUUCAAAGAUUUUGCCGUAUGGCGGUCGCGCAAAGGAGACUCCCAGUCAAUCUUUGAAUCCUGCCCCUCCUAGCAAUGGACGAGAAGAUGUCGAUCGACAAGAAAGAAGACAUGAGAGAGGCUUCCGUCGACUCCAUGGAGUCUACCCCCGAGGCCGAUGCCGGACCGCCCAACCAGGAACAUACCGAGCAGCCCAAGCGCAAGGGAGGCCGCAAGCCAAUAUACGCCACCUCCGAGGAGCGCAAGCAGCGGAACCGACAGGCCCAGGCGGCUUUCCGUGAGCGCCGCACCGAGUACAUCAAGCAGUUGGAGGAGACUAUCCGAGUCCAUGAGACGAACCUUCACAGCCUCCAGACCGCCCACAGAAGCGCCGCGGAUGAGUGCCUCAUGCUCAGAUACAAGAACUCGCUGCUGGAGCGGAUCCUACUGGAGAAGGGCAUCGACGUUCAGUCCGAAUUGCGCGCAAAGACAGGCAGCCCCUCUCUUGGUCCCAGUCAUAUGCCUCAGGGAAUGGCCAUGCCUCCAACGGUCCAACGGGCAAUCAUGAACCGUCACCACCAGGCACGACGUUCAAACUCGAACAUCGCACCCAAGCUCGAACCUGUGGUGCCUCUCGGUAACCCGUCACCACAAUCUCGGCCAACACCAUCGUCCCACCAUUCUUCACCAACGUCGACAUCUCCCGGGUUUGCGCAAGCAAACGUGUUGACACCCCCAGCUCCAGAAGCUCAGAUUCAGCAGCAGCGUGCCCAGCCGCUGAAGCCGCACUUGAACCACGGGCUCGGUGUUUCAGUAGGACCGCAAAAUUCUGGACUUGGACCGGCUUUGAAGGGAAUACAGGCCGCCGCCGGGGCCGGGGUUUCCGCAGAUGCUCCUGCAGCGUACUACCCCUCUUUCCAGAAUCACAUUGAACAACUAGAACAAGAAUACGACGCUCAGACCGACAUUGUCUCCGAUCAAGACCAACCCGAAUCUGCCGGCCCAGGACCAUACCCUACGCCAUUCGCACUCCCACCGAUGAUGAACCCCCAACAACAACAACAACAACAACGCCAGCAGCCACGAACAACACAGGCCGGCGAACACGUACCCGGAUUCAACUCGAUGACCCAGCAGCUGCUGGACCCUUACGACCCGAUGCUGGACAUGGACCCAUUCGGCCUGUCGGCGAGCAUGCACUUCCCCACCCAAUUUACCUUUGACACGAGUUCGAUGCGCUGAGACCGGAAAUUUCAAUGAUACCCUCGGAAAUAAAAGUUUUUGUACCUUUUUUGGAGUUCUCACACACAAAAUGGCAUUGCAGGCGCAAUUUGGGAGGGGAAUUUGUGCUUGUUUAUAGUUGUUAUUUUUUAUCUCUGGCUUCGGAAAAGGCAUCCUGCUCUCGGAUAUGGCUAUUUGGAAGCCCCCCCGGGAGGAUAAAUACAACGGAAUGGUAAAUAAUAAAUCAUGAAAAACGAUUGGACGACGCAGAGACGGAGUACAGGGCGGCUGGCAAAGGGCGGGGGGACUCGGGC